AUGGAACACUCGGUCCUCAGAAUAACAUGCGUCUUGGCGGUUAUCUGUCUCUUGGAUAAUAGGGUAGACUCCAAUGAAAUCUUGGGCCUGAAGCUCCCCAACAUCGACCCGAUCCUGAAUGCCAACACGGUGUGUCUCACACUGCCGGGUUUGACGCGGCGCCAGCUGGAGGUAUGCAUGCGCAAUCCAGACGUAACUGCUUCAGCAAUCCAGGGAAUCCAGAUUGCCAUCCACGAGUGCCAGCACCAGUUCAGAGGGCACCGCUGGAACUGCUCCAGCCUGGAGACGAGGAACAAAAUACCCUACGACAGCAUAGUCUUUAAAAGAGGUUUCAGAGAGAGUGCCUUUGCAUAUGCUAUCGCAGCAGCAGGCGUGGUGCACGCAGUGGCCAACGCCUGCUCUAUGGGCAAACUGAAGGCCUGCAGCUGUGACGAGAAGCGGCGUGGGGACGAGGAGGCCUUUCGCAUCAAACUGCACCGUUUGCAACUGGAGGCCAUCCACCGGGGGAAGGGCAUGGUCCACGGGGUCAUGGAACACUUCCCUGCCGACCUGCCGGGACCCCAGGACUCCUGGGAGUGGGGCGGCUGCAGCCCCGAUGUGGAGUUCGGCGAGAAGUUCUCGAGGGACUUCUUGGAUGCUCGCGAAACCUACAAAGACAUCCAUGCCCGUAUGAGGCUUCAUAAUAAUAGAGUUGGGAGACAGGUGGUGCUUGACCACAUGAGAAGGAAAUGCAAGUGCCACGGGACGUCGGGGAGCUGCCAGCUGAAGACCUGCUGGCAGGUCACCCCGGAGUUCCGGGUGGUGGGCUCGAUCCUCAAAGAGCGCUUCCACAUCGCCACGCUCAUCAAAGCUCACAACCGAAACACCGGCCAGCUGGACCACUCCAACCACAACAACAACAAUCACCACAACCACCAUAACCAUCACAACCACCACCACCAUCACCAUCAUCAAAACAACCACCACAAUCACCACCACCACACACAUCGGCGGCGGCCAAGCGUCAACGAAUUGGUCUACUUUGAAAAGUCUCCUGAUUUCUGCGAGCGGGACCUGGGGUCGGACUCGGCGGGAACGCAGGGCCGGAUCUGCAACAAAACCAGCCCCGGCAUGGACAACUGUGAGAGUCUGUGCUGCGGGAGAGGCCACAACAUCCUGCAGCAGACGCGGAGCGAACGCUGCAACUGCAAGUUUCACUGGUGCUGCUAUGUGGUGUGCGAAGAGUGCAGGAUAACAGAGUGGGUCAGUGUCUGUAAAUGAAGAAACACACACUAAAAGACUGUACACAAGAAAGAAAACAAAGAAAAAGAGACUUUUUUUUAAAUCAAGGCUAUUAAUUUGAAAGGGGAAUAUGACUGUAAUAUAUGUGCCCCAUACCUUUUUGCGGUGGACUGCUGUUUUCCAGAAGAGCAAGGACAGAGUGUGAAGUAGUUGAGCCAGCAGAAAAAUAGAUGUUGGUAAAGAGUGUGCACUUGCGGCAUAUGUCUAAAACUGCCUCAACUCAGAGAGCUUGGAUGUCCACUGCCUUCUUCUUGAAAAAAGGAACAUAGUUAUAUCAGACAAAUAUCUGAAAGCUCCGAAUAUGAAAUCUGGGCUCAAAAAACAACAAAAUACUGUUGUUGCAUCAGCAUAUGUUGACUGACAUACAGCUGCAUGAGAUUCAGGUGAGCAAAUAGGAAGAUGGGAGUAAGCAGUAGAUUGCAUGCAGAAUGAAAAUAAUAUUGCUUCAUAGCACCAGCAGUAUUCGUAUAUGGUGGAAAGGUUGAGACUAAUAUAGUCCUGUUCACACAUCAGGAUUCACAAUGCACAGGAUUUAACACAGCACACAACACACCUGGAGCACUUAAAGGAUUUAGUGCCUUGUUCAAGGGCAGUACAGAAGUUUCAAUGUUUAUAGCAACCAUCCAUGUUACACCUAAAAAUGCCGCAGGGGACUGUUUGGCUCAACUUACACUCGAGAUGUCGAUGUUCCCAUGUUGUACGCAUAAUGUGUACCCCUGCUAACAGUAAUGACACAACUCAAUAAAUACAUUCACACGAGUCCCAAGACAGACUGGGCUAUUAUAAAGUAAACGGUUCCAUCUAAGGGGCAAGCUUUUUAAGGAGGAUGUUGCAACAAUGAUGAAUCAGAGCGGCCUGAAGCUGAAGUCAACCAAAACACAGAUCUGAAAGUCUGUUUGUUGCUCAUAUCAGACCUUUACAACUGAAACCAUGUCCUUUAUUCUAAUAGAGGGUGUUGAAAUUAAAUCCAUGUAAAUCAGCUUCCUAUAGAGUCCAGCACUCGCCCUAUACACAAUAAGGUUAGCCACCCAAAAUCAGAGCACAGAUUGUCCUGAGUUAUCCAAAAUGUGAUGUCUGUGUUGUGUGUGGUAUGUAAGAGGACUGUCAGAGUACAGUGCACAGUAGACCUUUAUUCAACAAGUACAGUUUUAAUUUUUCAACAUGAUAUGAACAGCAUUGUAAAUAAUACUGAAUAAUGUUGCACAUAUACCAUCAAUAAAUGUAAAGUGCCUCAGGAAACUGAGCACACACAGACAGGCUUUGGUUCCUCACACUAUAAACAUCCCAAGCUGCCAUUGAUCAAAGUGUUUCCUGUUUUGUGAUGCGAUGUACUGUGUGCGACACUGUAAGCUUCUUGUGAUAUAGCUAAACUCACCUUCUUCACACUUCUUCCAUGUGUGCAAAUAGGGAUAUUCUCAUGUCAACUUCAAAGUAUACAAACAACAAUGAUGAUAUGGAUUCCUGCUUAUGCACAUUUUAAAGAUCACAUUUGGUCUCAAGAAACGUGUGUGAGACAGGCUCCUUAUCAGACAAUGUAAUUUAUUUCAAGCAAAUAUGUUUCUGUUUUGAAACCGGAGGAGGAAAAAAAAUGUGGAAUUGUGUUUUCCAGUGUAACAGAUUAUUUUGAUUUGUAUAAGUAGUUUGCACAUACCGAACUGUGUCCAGGAAAACUCUGGGAGAUAUCAGCAAAAUGCUUUUUUUUUCAUGUCAUAAAUGUAAUGUAUGUAUGUAUUUUUAUGUUUUAAUAUGGUUAUUAUCUAAGUUAUUUUAUUUUUGUGGAUAACUUAAUAUUUGUAAGGCAAUAAAGAAAGACCGUAAUAUUGAA